GUUAAACCUUACACAAACCCUCACACAUCAAAUUCAACACUCUUUCUGUUCAGCCUCGCCGUCGUGAGCCACCGUAGCAAGUGAAACCGUAUCCACCAGCAGCACCAGCCACUAUCACAUACCCAUAGAAACAACCCCCCAAAAGAGAAAUGGGAAAGAAAACAAAAAAGCCAGGAAAAGGAAAAGAAAAAACAGAGAGAAAAACAGCAAAAGCGGAUGAGAAAAAAGCUCGCAGAGAGUCUAAAAAAAUAUCCCCUGAAGAUGAUAUUGAUGCCAUUUUGUUAAAUAUACAAAAGGAAGAAGCCAAGAAAAAAGAUGUUCAUGUUGAAGAAAACGCUUCCCGACCGUCACCUCGGUCUAAUUGUUCGUUGAGUAUCAAUCCAUUGAAAGAGAGCGAGUUGAUAUUAUACGGGGGUGAAUUCUACAAUGGUACCAAGACAUUUGUUUAUGGUGAUCUUUAUCGGUAUGACAUUGAUAAGGGGGAUUGGAAGCUUGUUUCUAGUCCUAAUAGUCCGCCUCCUCGCAGUGCUCACCAAGCCGUUGCGUGGAAGAAUUACUUAUAUAUAUUUGGUGGUGAAUUUACCUCUCCUAAUCAAGAACGUUUCCAUCAUUACAAGGACUUUUGGAUGUUGGAUUUGAAAACAAAUCAGUGGGAACAAUUGAAUUAUAAGGGUUGUCCCAGUCCACGUUCUGGUCAUCGGAUGGUUUUGUAUAAGCACAAGCUGGUUGUUUUUGGUGGCUUCUAUGACACUCUCCGAGAAGUGAGGUAUUAUAAUGACUUGUAUAUCUUUGAUCUGGAUACUUUUAAGUGGCAAGAGAUAAAACCUACACCUGGAUGCUUGUGGCCGAGUGCUCGGAGCGGUUUUCAGUUAUUUGUUCACCAAGAUGAAAUUUAUUUAUAUGGUGGUUAUUCGAAAGUGGUAUCCUCUGAUCCAAAAAAUAGCUCAGAAAAAGGGAUUGUUCAUUCGGAUAUGUGGUUGCUUGAUCCCAAGACUUGGGUAUGGAAUAAGGUAAAGAAAGGUGGGAUGCCGCCAGGGGCCCGUGCUGGUUUUUCUAUGUGUGUCCAUAAAAAGCGGGCUGUGCUUUUUGGUGGAGUUGUGGAUAUGGAGGCUGAAGGCGAUGUGUUAAUGAGCUUGUUUUUGAAUGAGCUUUAUGGCUUCCAGUUGGACAUUAAUCGUUGGUAUCCAUUGGAGCUGAGAAAGGAGAAAUCAACAAAAGCUAAGAACAAAAAGAUAAAAGAUGAGGAGGCUAUUGAUCAAAUGGAAGUAGUUACAAAUGAUGAAGAUGACAAUAUGGAUUGUGACAUUGAAGAAAUCUCGUCUAAUAUGGAGAGAAACAUCCGGGUCAAUGGUUCUGAGGUGACUGGUAAAUCAAGUACGAAGAUUAAUGAAUCUACCUUGGAAGAGGUGGUGAAGCCUUGUGGUCGUAUAAAUGCCAGCAUGGUUGUGGGAAGAGAUACAUUAUAUAUCUAUGGGGGCAUGAUGGAAAUAAGAGAUCAAGAAAUUACACUUGAUGAUCUUUAUGCACUCAAUCUUAGCAAACUUGAUGAAUGGAAGUGCCUUUUACCGGCAUCUGAGUCUGAGUGGGUUGAAGCAUCGGAGGAUGACGAAGAAGAUGAAGAUGACGAUGACGAUGAUGAAGAUAGUGAAGAUGAAAAUGAGAACAGUGAUAGUAAUGAAACCGAUGAAGACGAAGAAGAUGAUGAUGUUGAGGCUCCAAAUGAUGGUGUGUUGGGAGAUGCUGUUGCAAUCAUAAAAGGUCAUAAGAAACUUCGAAGGAAGGAAAAAAGAGCCAGAAUUGAGCAGAUAAGAGCUAGUCUUGGUCUUUCCGACUCUCAGAGAACUCCAGUGCCCGGGGAAGCUUUGAAGGACUUUUAUAAACGGACAAACAGUUACUGGCAAAUGGCGGCAUAUGAACAUACAGCACACACUGGAAAGGAACUCCGUAAGGAUGGUUUUGAUCUUGCUGAAACUCGGUACAAGGAGCUUAAGCCUAUCCUUGACGAGCUUGCUAUCUUAGAGGCGGAACAGAAAGCUGAAGAGGCUGGAGGUCCUGAAACCAGUGCUUCAAGAAAGAAAGGUACCAAGAAAAACAAACACAUUGGUUCAAAGUAGUCUAUAAAGGAAAGGCUCCACAGCAUAUCCAGAUAAUGCCCACACAUGAAAGAUGGCUCUGUUGGUUCCAUCAUGAUCUAGCAAUGUCUAAGUUUUCCCGCUUUGUUUGUAUUCUAGCAUUUUGGUUUUGUUUCUGUUCAGUUGUUAAAAUGUAUUCUAUCUGUACAAGUUAAAAUAUCAACACAUUUAAAGCCCUCCCCAUGAAACCGAAAGACUGGAGAUUUUGUAUUGUCUGCUUGUAAGAAUAUUCAUAUUUUAUAGUUGCUGUGAAAA